GAGAGAGAGAGAGAGAGAGAGAGAGAGAGAGAGAGAGGGCCCUCAUGGAUCCUGCUUUUGAGGUGUGAUUUCUCCGGUGAGUUCCACCUGUGAGAGAGAGAGAGAGAGAGAGAGAGAGAGAGAGAGAGAGAGGGCCCUCAUGGAUCCUGCUUUUGAGGUGUGAUUUCUCCGGCAAAACAAAAGAGACGCGAUGGAUGAUUCGAUUACUUGCUCGCUCGGCGCCAUGGGCCCCCUGCUUGCGCAACUCCAUUCACUGACGGAUACCGAGCGGAGUCUGCCACAUGGGAUUAGUAAGGAUGAGCUCCAGGGUCUCAUACAAGAUCUCGAAGAAAUUAACAGCUCCGUCAUGGAUCUUGCAAAGGAGGAGGACCCUCUCUCCACGGACAAGUUCUGGAUGAAGGAGGUGCGGGAGAUUUGUUAUGACGCGGAGGACUACUUGGCAACGGUGAUGCACGCCGGUGCCAGAAACCGGAUUGCACAAAAUUUCUCAGAGUUCAGGGCUCGUUUGAAAGAUGAAAACGAAAGGCACGAAAGAUGGCUUGCUGGUCUGAGGGCGCAAAAAAGACGCAAGAGGAACAAGCCUGAUCUUGCUGAUUUCGAAACCAUCGUCGAGUUAGUGCUACAAGCUCCACAUGCACGCCCUGACGGGCCCAUGAAUGAGCUCGUCAGCUUGCUAGCUUUCGACAGGGACCAGCAGCUCAAGGUGGUGCCUAUCUUUGGAUCUCCAGGUGUUGGGAAGACAACACUUGCAAGAAGAUUAUAUCAUCAAUAUGGGGGGAGGUUCCAGUGCCGAGCUUUUCUUCGGGUAUCUCGGAAUCCAGAUCGCAUGAGGCUUCUCACCAGCAUGCUCUCACAAAUUAAGGGGCCUCGGCCCCGCGGCUUUUUUGAUGUGCAGGAUCUCACCGACAACAUCAACAAACAUCUACAGGGCAAAACUUAUUUGAUUAUAGUUGAUGAUUUGUGGGAUGCAUCAGUGUGGGAUAUCAUCAGGCAUGCUUUUCCGGCGGGUAAUUGUUGCAGCAGAAUAAUAGCAACCACACAAAUUGAGGUUGUUGCUUUGGCUUGCUGUAGUUAUUGCUCAGAUAAUAUAUAUAAGAUGAGACCUCCCAGUAAUGAUCUAUCACAAGAAAUAUUCUUUGGUAAUUUUGAAGUGAUGAAAGAAGUGGUAAACCUUAUCUACAAUGAUCUUUCAUCGUAUUUGAAGACAUGCUUGCUAUAUCUUAGCAUAUAUCCUGAGGACUACACGAUCCGGAAGGAUGAUUUGGUGAAGCAAUGGGUAGCUGAAGGCUUUAUCAGAGCAGUAGUCGGGCAAGACAUCGAAGAAGUUGCUCGGGGUUAUUUUGAUGAGCUUGUGAAAAGAGGAAUGAUCCAGCCUUUGUAUACCAAUGAUAAUGAUAAAGUGUUAUUAUGUACAGUUCAUCGCAUGGUACUCGAUUUUAUUACAUUCAAAUCCAUGGAGGAGAACUUCGUCACUAUUGUAGAUAAUUUUGAAGCUGAUACUGGACUUCCUGAUAAGGUUCGUCGACUUUCCAUGAAGUUUGGAGGUGCAAAAAGUGCACAGAUACAAGGAAGCUUCAGAAUGUCCCAAGUUCGGUCCCGUAUAUUUUUUGGAUUCUUCAAACGUGUACCUUCCAUUGUGGACUAUAAGCUUGUUCGAGUUCUAAUUCUUCAUAUUUGGACUGAUCAAGACACAAGGAGUAUUGACCUUGCUAAAAUCUGUGAACUAUUUCAACUAAGAUAUCUGAAGAUUGAAUGCAAUAUGACCGUCGAACUUCCGACCAAGAUUCUAGGGUUGCAAUACUUGAUUACUCUGGAAAUAGAUGCAAGAGUAACUGCUGUUCCAUCAGACAUUGUUCGUUUACAGAGUUUGUGGCACCUUCGCCUUCCGAGCGAGGCUGAUCUGCCCAAUGGGAUUGGGUGCAUGACAUCACUACGCAGUCUGGGCUACUUUAACCUCAGCACUAGUUCAAGAGAGAAUGUGCUGGACCUCGGCAAGCUGACCAAAUUGCGUGAUCUUCAUAUAACCUGCUGUACAGAUCCUGCUAACCGUCUGGUUACCAACAUGGAACUUCUUGCCUCAAUUCUGGGGGGAUGCAGCAGCCUCAAAUCUCUGGUUCUGGAUGGUGGAGCUUCCUCAAGCAUGUGCAUUUCUUGUGAUGAUGGCUUGGGCAGCAUGUCUACUCCUCCGGCCAUUCUUGAGAGGCUUGAGUUGUCUUGGAAUUGUAUGUUUUCCAGCCUCCCCAGGUGGAUUGGAAAACUCAACAAUCUUUGCAUUUUGAAGAUUGCACUAGGAAAGUUGUCAAGGGAUGACAUUAAUAUUCUCAAAGGACUCGAUGCCCUCACUGCUCUCUCGCUGUAUGUCUGGACCGCUCCUGCAGAAAGGAUCGUCUUUCACAAGGAAGGAUUCCCAGUUCUCAAGCACUUCAAGUUCAUCUGUUCUGCACUUUGCCUAGCCUUUGAGAAAGGAGCAAUGCCCAAUGUCCGAAGGCUCAAGCUAGGAUUGAAUGCUGAAAGAAUAGAACAAUACAGCUUGGCAGGUGCUGGCUUCGAGAACUUGACAGGCCUUGAAGUGUUCUCUGCAAAAAUUGGGUGUGCUGGUGCUGCUGAGUCCGGCAGUCAGGCUGUAAAGUCUGCACUGUACGACGCGUUUAGAAAUUGUGUAAGCCGUCCCGUCAUCAAUGUACUAAGCGUGGAUUGGUUUUUUCAUGGUGACAAAAAAAUGAGUACCGUAUCUCAAACGGAACAGCCCCAAACUUUAGGAAAAAUAGACGUGAUCACAAAGGGAGGCUCAGAUGAACAACAUAGAACUGGAGAAAAGGGUUCAACGGAAGACACAAACGUACAAGCUGAUAGCAGGUUUACUCUGCCAUCGGAAUUCCCUUCACAUAUGCAGAUUUCAGGGGAAUAUGAGAAAACAAGGACACAAGAGAAAAAACACCAUACUAGAGAAAAACAGGAUGAGAUUUUGGAGGGAGACUCAGAUGAACAACAUGGAACUAAACAAAAAGGCUCAGGAGAAGAUACAAGCAAAAAAACUGAUAGCAGUCUGUACAAUGCCUGUCUAAAGAAGCUAGACGAUAAAGAAGGAAGCGCUGGGAUUGCAUCCAUCACGCUGGAGAAGGAAGCGCUGACUAGGAUGAUAGAGGAGUUGGAUAGUAGAGCAGGGGAGCUGACAGAGAAAAGGAUCCUACAACUGCAGGACCUAGUUUAUGAUAUUGAGGACUUCAUAGAUAUGUACAAGUACACCAAAUCAUGGCGAAGUCUCUCUUAUAUUAUCCAUUUCCAGCGUUUGAAGCGUAGGAUAAAGAUCCUACGACGAGAGUGGGAACAAUGGCUGAGCGGAGGCAUUGAUGUUGCAUCCGGGACAUCAGCUGGAUCCACUCUCCCUGCGUAUGCACCAGAACACGAGCUCGUUGGCAUGGACAAGCCCAAAAGAGAGCUAAUGCAAUUUCUAGAGCUUGAAGUGUAUGAUGAGCAAUCAGAGAUGCUGAGGGUGAUCUCCAUCGUGGGAUGCCGUGGCGUGGGCAAGACUGCCCUCGCAAGAGCAGUCUAUGAGGACCCUAGUGUCCAGCGUGAAUUCGAGUUCUUUGCUUGGGUUGUGGCAUCCGAGUGCAGAGAUGGGAAGGACCUUCUAGACAAGAUUGAACAAAAACUCAGUAAAGUGCCGCGCAAAAGGAGGUUCCUGGUUGUCAUCGAUGAGCUGCAGCGAGCAAGUUUGUGGUACGAUAUACAAAGUGCCUUCACGGGUAAUCGUGAGGGAAGUCGAAUAAUCGUCACCACAAGCAUUGAAUCAGUAGCCGCGGCCUGCACCUCUGGCAGUUGCAUUUACAGAAUGCGAGGUCUUGGCCGUUCCAAGUCUAAACAAUUAUUCUGGAGUAAGGUUGACAGUAGAGCAAUUCGUACAAGUGCCUUGGAGGAGGCUUUAGAAGGCGUCUUCAGGAAAUGUGGUGGUCUACCACUGGCACUGAUUAGCGUGGCUAAUUAUUUGCGUGAGAAAGGACUAAAUCUGGAUCAGCUUGAACUGGGACCGGGCGCCUUUGAGGGAGUGAACAGAUUGCUUAUGCAGAUCUACGACAGCCUGCCGGACAAUGGUCACAAGAAGUGCUUGCUCUCUAUAAGCACAUUUCCCAAUGGCUAUCCGAUCGAGAGGAAGAGCCUAAUUAGAAGAUGGAUAGCUGAAGGACUGGCUGUGGGAGAUGGCAGGCUCAGUGCGGAACAAGUUGCUGGUAAUCGCUUUGAUAACUUCAUUGACCGGAACAUCAUUGAGCCUGUGCGGAUUGGCAACAAUUCCAAGGUGAAGAGGUGUCGAGUUCCUCCUGUAAUCCUGGAGUUCAUUGUCAACAAAGCGGUCUCAAAAGACAUGGUCGCUCUGAUUCGCGAGGAUGAGCCUCUCCCAAACAAAAAAGGUGCCCAUCCUGUCCGUCGAUUAUCUGUUCACGGGGGCACUGCAGAGACUGGCAGAGUUGCGGCGGAAAUUGGAUUGAAUCAUGUCAGGUCGUUAACAAUCUGCAAGACUUGGUGGCCUUUUGAUUCCCUGAGCUGCAGGUUUCUACGAGUCUUGGACAUGGAAGGUUGCAAGGGGAUUGGCGACCGUAUUCUCCGUGACAUAUGCAGCGUCAUGGUGCUUCUCAAAUAUCUGAGCCUCAGGGGUACUGAUGUUCGCAGGAUCGCCGAUGGAAUAAGAAAUUUAUAUGACUUAGAGACGCUGGACAUUCGGGAGACGUUGGUGAAAGUAUUGCCGAUGGAAGUCAUGAUGCUCCGACGGUUGGCUCAUCUGUUUGGCAAGUUUCAGCUUCCUCCAGAACUCGAAAAUGCGGAGAGAAGGGAUAAGCUGCAGAGAUUCUUCUCAGACGAAAGUAGACUGCAGACUCUGUCAGGAUUUGUCAUUGAUAAGAAUAGUGGUUUUGAGCUCAUCCUGCUUCACAUGAGGUUACUAAGGAAGGUUAAGAUAUGGUGCACUGAUGAUAUCAGCAUCCAUACACAACGUCUUCUUGCGUCCUCCCUCGAGAAGCGUAUUACGGGAAACAGUGCCCUUGAGUCUCUGUCUAUCGAUUUCGGGAUAGAAAACAUGAACUUCCUCGACGAAAUACAACUCGAAGCUCCCUGCAUGCUCAGCUCCAUCAAACUGCGAGGGAUGCUAAUGAGACUGCCUAGUUUUAUUGCAUCACAUCGUAGCAAUCUCUCCGAGUUGCAGCUCUCCUGUAUUGAUCUGAGCCUCGAAGAUUUAUCCGUUCUGCAACACUUGCGUCGGCUGCUUUAUCUGAAGCUGGUUGAGGAUAGCGGUUUUGGCAUAUUUAUGGGCGACAAAUUAAUUGUGGAAAGCGGUGGAUUUCCAAGCCUUCGGCGGCUCUGCUUUCAGGCCGCAAAGCUUCCCCGAGUGCAUAUUUCUAAAGGAGGCAUGAGGUCUCUCACCUCUCUUCACCUGCUCUACUACAUGGAGUCUCAAACCUGGAAACCCUCGGACUUCAAUUGGGAAAUAGAAAAUCUCGAAAAUCUCCAGGAGGUGGUGCUGGAUUCUUCUGUUGGUGCCAAAGAAUUGGAUGCCUGGAAGAGUAAAGCAAGGUCGCACAUAAACAGGCCAAAGGUAAUAACCCAGCAACCGAGUCCUUUUUGCUACUGAACUUUGGAGGGCCGACCCAACGUGAGCGGAGGAAACGUGUAUGUUUGAUUGGUGCUGUUACAGUGUGUUGCAGUGUUUGUUCUGUCAUAGUUUUUCCGAUAAAAGGGAUAUACCCGUACAAACAAUUGUAAUUCUUCUGUCCGGUUGUAAUCUUUUUUUGUGUGCGAUUACCAUCGUUAUACUUGCAAUACUAGUUAACACCAUCGUUAGACCUGAUGGUUGUGUGA